UUAUUAUGAUUGAAAUUGGGAGCAGACUUGCUCUCUUCCAGAGUUAAUUAAAACGCCCCCCUGAUUGGACGGCCAGAUAAUCCCCGCGGGCGUCGUGCUCCUACUAACUUGCGAGCAGGGGCAGAGCGCGAGUCACAAUCUGCCCAAGGCGAGGGAGGGCAAGAAGAAGAAGAAGAAAAAAAAACACUGCUCGCGAGAGAGAGAGGAAACCGACCGUACGAAAAAAAGGGGACACACGAGCCGCUCCGAUCUCACCGAGCACAAUUAGAGAAGUGUUGUUGAACGUGGGCUAUGCGCGCAACAAGGGGGGUGCGCAGUGUACAGAGGAGGUGAACGCAUGUAGAGAGGCUCAGCUUCAGAUUCACAGCCUCCUUCUUCAAGAGUCACUGCACUGACAGAGGAAAGGAGUGAGGCAAGAGAGGAACUCCUAGAAAAGCGGCAACUCUUGGAAGAGAGAACUACGUGAGUACAGCCUACAGUUUUCAAAAUAAAAGAUAGGAUAGAGUAAAAAAAAAAACAGAAGGAAGAGUAGAGAGUUUUCCUGGUCUGAAUCUGCUCUGGAAGAGAAAAAUGAAUGUCAGCGAAGAGAACCUGCUCAAGUCCAUCAGCAACGACGCGCUCCUCGACCUGACGCAGCGCUACGGUCAGUCAGCCUUCGGGUUUGGAGCUGGCCAUGGUGCUGGAAGUCCUGGCCGGUUCCCGCUCACACCUGCCACCGACUUCCUCUCCGGGCAGACCGCGAAGUCUAACGAGAGCGGCGGGGAGCACACGAGCGAUGACGAGGACGGUUUCGACUCGCUGGAGUCCCGAAAGAGAGGCUCAUCGUUUGGGGAUGACAAGUCCGGGGGACCCCUCGCUAAGAAGUCCAAGGAGCAGCGCUCCCUGCGGCUCAGCAUCAACGCCCGGGAGAGGAGGAGGAUGCAUGACCUGAACGACGCGCUGGACGGCCUGCGCUCUGUUAUCCCCUACGCCCACAGCCCCUCGGUGAGAAAACUCUCCAAAAUAGCCACUCUCCUCCUGGCUAAGAACUACAUCCUCAUGCAGGCUCAGGCUCUGGAGGAGAUGAGGCGGCUGGUGGCGUAUCUGAACCAGGGACAGACCAUAACUUCAACACCAAUCCCCACCGCUCUGGCGCCCUUUGGACAGGCUGCCGUCUACCCGUUCUCGAGCUCUGCUCUCGCCACCUGUGCCGAAAAGUGCACUACUUAUUCCGGGACACCGUCGAGUCUCUUCAAACACUGUAACGACAAGCCUUGAUUUGGUUUAAUUACUUCUUUCCUGAACUUUUACCUUUACUGCACCCAUGUUGGUCUCUCUCUCUAUCUCUCUCUCUCUCUCCCACUCUAGUUAUUUUGAAAUCAUUCUGUGGAAAAUAAAAACAAGUUUAGUCUGAUGCAUAAUCUCAAAGUAUGGUUAAGUGAUUAUACCGCGAUGUGUCAUCCAGAUUUAACAAACGCUGCAUAGUGAAAAUAAACUGUUUAGGCCUUCUUAUAAGAUGCAGUCAAAAACUCUGCCACUCUGCCGCUCGUAUUUUACAGACACUGCAGGCCAUGUCCAAAUUAUGAGUUUGGGUACAGUUUACUUAAGUUAUUCGUAAUCUAUGCAACAUCCAACAAUAACAUGAAAAGGUGGAAAUGCCAAGAAAUGCGACCUGAUCUCGACUUUUAGAUUUAAUCCAGAAAUUAGGCUCUGAAAGGACUUCCCUUGACUGACUGUGCUGAUGCUAUGUGGGGGAAACGUGAUGUUGGCUGAUAUAUUUCCUGAAACAAUGUGUUGAUAAGUUUGUUUUUGUUUUUUAUUUAUUUAUUUAUUUAUUUAUUUAUUUUGAGUUAUUGCACAUCUCACAUGAUUGUAUUGUACAUGUGAAAAAAAAAUCACUUUGCUCCAAGCCCGGCUAUACUCAUGGUUAUAUAACUACAGCCUAUACAUUGAAGAAGAAGCGUUUUGGUUGUGUUGCAACAUGGAUUUCAUAUAUUGUUUAUAUGUCUUUAUAAUUAAAACACAUAUCUAUGCUUGGACCCGGUUUGCUUCAUUUCAGCUUUAAAACAUUUUCACAUAUUUAUUAACACAUAUGCAC